AUGAGUUGAAAGUAUACAUUGGAUUUAUUAGAGUCAUAUACUUUUGAGUGCAUACAUGUUCAUCAAAAUCAUAAUCAUAAAGGAAUUCCGCAAGAUCAGUGUGAUAAUUUAAUUGAAUGCGAAUAUUGCCAAAUAGCAUCAAAGAACAAGUGAUCCAAUAUUAUAUUGAAGGAUUUACAAUUAGGCAGAUACAGUCUAUGCUAA